UAAAUUUCAAAACGGGGAUUGCGUUUUGUGUGUUCGCUCGCUGUGAUGAUGAAUGUUGUCGUUGCGAACGGAAAGAUUAAGUAGAUUUUUGUUUUUUACUUGUAUUUGUUUAAAUUCAUUGUGGUAUCACGUUCGGAAAAAAAAAAUAUAUUUAAAUCGCGAUCAUCUGUCACGUCGUGGAUUUUGCGCGAGAAAUGCGAAAAUUCUGAGAGACCUCGAGACGUUUAGCGGAAACUCUGUUGUGCGUGACUUACAGGAUGGGUCAGGCUUUUUCGUGAAAAUGGCGUCAUCUUAAAUAGCAAAAAAUACUUAAACAACAAUUUAUAUUCGCAUUGAUGAGAAUAAGGAGGUCAAAAUAAGAACCUCCACUAUAAGAAAAUUCCCAUAAGACAAAAUACUGUGAAACGGACUUGUAUCAUCGGAAAGCUGAGAUUAUAUCUUUUGUGUGUGGUUUCAUUGUUGAUUUUUUCCUUUAAUUUUGAUUCUAAAAAAAAGUUGUGAAACGGACACCUUUCUGGAAAAGGACAGUUCUCACUGGAGGCAUUGGAAUAUCUAUGCAACGAUAGAGUUCUUUAAUGUUUACAAAUCACAAACAUGUUGUUAAAUGACAAUUCCUCGUAUAAUAAUAUUCUAACAUAUAAAAACAAGAAAAAAUUCAUUCAACAGAAAAUUAUCGGUAAUAAUAACAGGAAUAAUCAUACUAAACGCACUCUACAUAACAAUACGCCGGCAUCAAAGAGAAGCAAUCCAGAAACUAACACCAACUGGCCCCAAGUAUUCAGGAAUACGAGAGAUACCAGCAGCACUGUUGACCGGAUAACCAAUAAGACGGUCAUUUUAAAAGAAAAAUCCGAAAGACGAUACCGGACCGUCAGCAAGACCGAACCAGACUAUCGGAACCACUAAAGCGUUAAUCAAUCAAGUAUCAUCGAACUUUCCAAAAUUAUCAAGAAUCAAAUAGGAUUACGAAAGCAACGCUUAGAGUAGUCCUUCGUACUUUAUGUUUUCUGGAACCGCCUUUUUUAUAAUUCCAAAGCGUGGUUUAAAAUACUGAAAUUUCUCCGUUAAAAUAGAAUAAGGACGAACUUUAGUAUUAAGCAAAAGUGGAACAAAGUAUUUAAAUCAAUGAGUCACGACGAUGUUCUGUUUCUUCAUAUAAGAUCCAAUCGUUAAGGAUAAAUUCUGAAGUUUAUUUUUAAGUUUCAUCAAGCACAUAUUUUUGCCAUAAUUUUCACUUCCUGUUUGUAUGGUGGUGAUAAUUACUUAUCGAACGUCGCGAGUUCCUCGAUAACAAGAUCGACAUUCAAAUUGCAAGAAAAGAAAAGUUAGACAAACUUUCUGGUACGUGUCUAAUUAACACUACCUUCAACUAAGAAAUCCUAAACGGAAACCACGCAGUAUCGUGAUUGAAAAAGCAAAAAGAUGGUGUCACGGUACGUGCCAAGUUACCCUAUCGGUUUGAAUCCGGGCAAUCCGAGCGGUCAUCCGCCUCCACAAACUCAUGUUGGUACCGCGGGAACAGUACCAUUAGGUGUUGCUAUGGCUGCAACAGCAGCCGUUGCAGCUGCAGCAGCGUCGACGGUACCAUCGCAACAACAAUCACAACAGCAACAAGCGGCAGCAGCGGCGGCAGCAGUAGCAGCGGCGGCAGCAGCGUCACAAACAUUAAAAGGACCACAACAACAACCUCCACCAUCUAAUCCAAAUGAAUAUCAUGUACAGCAGUGCCUUGUUCAAGGUCCACCUCCAUCCAAUGGUCCUCCACAAGCACCUCCUCCACAUCAACAGCAUUAUCGACUUUUGCAUUCGACGAAUGGUUACGUAGCAACACCUACGGCAAGCUUCACAGCAGGGCCUCAGGCUGGUCCUCCUCACCAAGGACCGGUGAUCCGUGGAUUACAAUCGGCAGCACCACCGACGCCCCCGCAACAGCAAGAGUUAAACAAAAUGCAGCAGCCUCCUCCGCAGCAAAUGUAUGUUCAAACUGGUGGUGCGAACGGAACAGCGAAUGUAAGACAAAAUCAACAAAUGUUCCGUGGAGCGUCCACAACGGCAGCAAAUCGCUCGCCACGACAAAAUCUUACAAUGCAAUCAACAGCAAUGUACUUGCCCAAUGGACCUGUUGUUCUUCCUCCACACACAUCUUUUCAUCCGCCAUAUCCGUCGCGUCAGCAAGCCACAAGUUUUGUGCACUUUCAAAAUUCCCAAUUACCUGGAUUCUCGGGCUACCAAUAUUACAUUCAAAGCGCAAUGAUGCCUCCUGCUGGGACACAUCGCGGAGCUACCGUACCUAAUACGAUGGUAACUAAUGCAUCACCCGGCAUGCAGAAUCCUGUUGGUCAAGGGCAAAUAGUUCCACCCAGUGUCCUAACGGCUGCCAUCGGACAACAAAGUGGACAUAUACCUCCGGCUGGCCAAGCAGCAGAAAAGAAGAGGCGCCAGUACGCGUUAGCAAUCAUAGAUCCCGUUACAAAGAAGAAUGUUCUGGAAGAAAUGGAUCUCCAGAAAUCCCAAUGUGCAUCUAGCACGUCAAUACCCGAAAGCGAAUACCAGGAUCAAUCGCAUCAAAAUUCCGAAGUUGCAGACAUUGGGUCUGUAUGCUCACAGGAGCAAAUGUUAACAGGUGGUGGUGGUGGUAGUACAUUAACAAGUACGACACCACUGAAUAAUACAAGACAAAUGCCAAUCUAUAGAGCAGAUCUACUACAUAACAAGCCUAGUAUAACAGCCUGCCCGCAAAUCCCAUUAUCUCAGAGUGGAGUUGGUGGCGUACCCGUAGGACAAAUUACUGAUGGGGUAUUAUCUGAUAUUCAUCAGAAACAACAGUCCCAGCAUAUAAAACCUAAGAAAAGUAAAUCGGAUGAAGUAUUCACAAUUCAUCCUCCACCUCAAUCACCUGCAGACAAACCAAAUAGAGCCGAGGUGUCGUCUACUGAUCUCUGCGAGAAAGUGGAGCCAAUUCAUGACGAAGGAAUAUCUACAGAGGUUUUAUCCUCCCAAUUCGAUGAUAAGCCGUCAGAGAACGACCCUGCCUGCGUCCGCGAACGAGAGCCUGAUCAGGUCCCUGACUCAUCAUUAGGGUCUGGACAUCAAUCACUACCCCCGAUAUCAUUGCCUGUCGCUAGUCCCCCAUACGCAUCGUCAAAUAAAAUAGACUUACCCAACAAUAGCAGUAUUGCUCCCGUUGCAUCUACCACGAUACCGGGCUUUGCCCACUCAAGCAAACUAACAUCCAGUCUGUCGACAACAUCAGUAUCUUCACAUUCGUUAACACCGUCGGUGUCAGCGUCUUCAUUCACUCCGGUCAGUGCAGCAGCACAACCAUCUCAUACCUCAGCAGGUUCUAUCGGUACCAGUGCAUCAGUAAUACCGUCUGCUGCCCAGUCUGCCGCUGAACCCAUUGAUGAAAUCAUUAGUAGAGGAUCUGGUGGUGGAGAGGAUAGUGCUAGCGUCGUAACCGGUCCCACGGUCGCUUCGGCCGUAUCUGGAGUAAUCGCAAGUGUUCCUAAUUUGAAUAAGUCAACCGGCAGUGCCAGUUCAAAAACAAAAGACAAGAGCCUGAGUUCCAGUAGUAAGUCGGGUUCGACAAUUACAAGUGCAGGCAAAGAUAGCAAAAGUCAGGAACUUCCAUUGGCCACUGCACCCCUAUCCGGCAAAAUGACUCUGAACGAAAAGGAAGUAACUAAAUCCUCGUCUGCUCCAUCUCAUGGUAAGACUAUUCCCGCAUCAACUGCUUCUAAUGUCACCUCGGAGCGUAAGGACUCGCCUAAUGGAACAAGUGUCACCACUGUAGGCGGCAAAAAACCUCCGACCAACGAUAGGAAUGACAACAUUAUACACUUCCCCGGCCGGGAUCAACAAUCGUCCAAGCAGUCUUCAACCGGUUCAGACUUGUCUAGUGCUAACAACAACACCGUUAUUUAUCAAGAUGUGACUUCCAACGACGAACAGGAGUUAGACAGCAAAGAGACUAGCCUGAACAAUAACAUCGAGAGUAAGACUUCGACAGAGUCUAUUCAGUCCACCAUGACAGUCACCAGCCUGGAUCCGAGCGUUACCGAGUUCAAUGAGCCAGUCGACGUCCCUCGCGAACCGUCAUCCGAUUUCAACGACAACCGAGUGGCUGAAAUGGCUUCCGACGAACAAAGACAUCACCAGCCUGCCGACAGUUCAAGCGAAUCUGUCGACACUGACUCUACAAAAACCUUAGCAGCUAGUGGCGAGCAAGCCGAUGCGGUAUCGGUUAGCGCCGUCAAAUCGUCCUCGCAACAGCAGACUUUAAUUCAGUACAAGGAUGGUCAAUGGUCGCCUUAUAAUCCAGAUGGAACGAAAACAUACGAUAGGUCGCAGCUUUUAAUGUUGCGUGAGUCUCCUCAUUCGAAGGAUAAACCUAAAUUCGGUAGUCGCAGUGCUUCGAUCAUACGACAGACCACACACAACAAUAUACAGCAGCAGCACUCGCUGCUCCCUUCAUUCGCCUCUAACAAGCGACAACAGAUGGGCGGCGGAGGUAUACAGAUGGGUGGUAUGCGCAGCGGCGCUUCAGCCGGUGGCGGCGGCAAUGCUGGCUCCGCUGGAGGUCAAUUCAACAAACAAACAUCGAUGUCAAGCGUUUCAGGAAAAUCGAGUUCGAAGGGCUCUAAAUCGGGCAUGAUUCACGUAAGCUUAUCGUUGCGUGAAGACGUUAAACUCAACGAGACGGAGAAUGCCUGGCGACCAACACAUCUUCGUUAUGAGGAAAGUGUUCCAGCGGACGAGAGACAAAAAGAUCAGCUACUCCGUAAGGUGCGCGGUAUUCUUAACAAGUUGACUCCUGAAAAAUUCGAAAUACUCGUGGAACAAAUUAUGAGUUUACAAAUAGACACGGCUGAGAAGAUUAUCGGCGUCAUGGAGUUGGUUUUUGAGAAGGCUAUCGAUGAGCCCAACUUCUCUAUGUCCUAUGCUCGGCUUUGUCGUAAACUCAUCGAAAGUAAAUUGCAAUCAAUUCGCCAAGAUGCAAGUGUCUCAGAAGCUGAAGAAAAGGAAACAAACAUGGUCAUUUUCCGAUCAGCAUUGCUCGAUAAGACUCAACGUGAAUUCCAUGAUAACGUGUUGGCCCGUCAAGCCAAGGAGAAACAGCUACGUCCGAUCAUGGAGAAGAUCAAAGAAUGUGAAGAUCCUGAAAGGAAGCUCGAGUUGCAAUCCACGCUGGAAGAGCAGGAGCGAAGAAUUCGACGUCGAUCAGGUGGAACGGUUCGAUUCAUUGGAGAAUUGUUCAAGAUAUCUGUUCUAAACAUGAAAGUAACCGCCGAAUGUAUUGCAAAUUUGCUGGAUGCAAACUCUGAGGACAAGCUUGAAUGUCUAUGCAAACUCCUCACAACCGUCGGUAAACAAUUUGAAAAGAUGCCUAACAAUAAUUUGGAUAAAACCAUGAAGACUAUGAAGUCGAUUGUUGAUCGCAAAAAAAUCAGCAGUCGCGUUAGGUUCAUGUUGCAAGAUGUUAUUGAUUUGCGAAAGAAUAAGUGGGAAUCGAAACGCGCAGAAGGUCCCAAGACUAUGGAACAGAUACAGAAGGAGGCUGAAACCGAACAGAUGAAUAACCAAAUGCUCAAUUACAAUAUAAUGCCUAACAAGAAGGACGACCGUCGUUAUGGUGGAGGAAGCGGGGGUGGAAGCGGAGGUAGCGGAGGUGGUGGUGGCGGUGGAACCGGUGGUGGUGGCAUGUCGUCGAGCGGCGGAAGUGGUGGUAGUGGAAACUUCAAUAAGAACAGUAGCGACACGUGGUAUCUGAAAACGUCGAAGGGCAAUCGUGCCGUUGAUGCGAAUAAACUUGGGCACAUGAUAAGCUGUGGCAACGAAAACAUAACUAAAUUGGGCGCAAGUUCUCAAUUCCAGUGGAAUCCAGGAGCAGGUAUGAGUCAUUCAAGUGGUGGCAGCGGUGGUAGUGGCGGGAAAUCAUCCUUCUCCACGACCACAAACUCAUUUGCUGUGCUUUCCAAUUUGGAUUCAAACAAGGGUAGUAGUUCAGGACCACGUAACAAGGGUUCAUACAGCAAAAAUUCGAUGGAACGGGAUAGGCACGAUCGUCCACAAUCUCGAACCGGUUCCACGCAUGGGUCGCGUGAAAACUCCUCUUCGCGUGCAGGACGCGGUCCUAACACUGCACGAUCAGCUAGUCACUCAUUUAGUUCGUCACAAGCGUCAUCGCGUGGUGGUAAAUCAAUCACGGAAAUUGGACGAGGCGACAGGGGCACAUUGGAUAGGAAUCGUGAUCGCGAUCGCGAUCAUCGCAGUGAGCCUGAAACGCAAUACAAAGAUGAUCAGGAAACAACGAAUCGCUUAAUUAAGGAGCUAGUUACAAAAGCGUUAGAACAAUAUAUCGAUGAGUGCCCGGGGAUAAUGAGACGAUACCCCGAAAAGUCUCGAUGGCAAUUUUUCUAUCAUAUAUUUUGUGAUUAUUUGCAUUUAAGUGACACGAAGACAGCAGAUAGGAAAAUUUUGGCCCAAGUGUUUAUGCUAUUCUUCAAACAAAACCUCGUGACAUUGGAUCAUUUUAUACAAGGAUACUCAGAAUAUUCACAAAUUGCCAAUGAAAUAUUGAUUGAUGUGCCAGAGGCUUGGACAGGAAUAUUCCAAUUUCUAGUUCCACUUGUUUAUAAAAAUUUCAUACACCCGCGAUAUUUAUGGAACGACCAGAUGGCACCAUACUUAGGACCCAAAUUUAUUAAGGAUUUGAUCAUCUAUUGUACGAAAGAAGUUGGUCCGAAUUGGACGCGACAAUUUUGGCGUAACAGUGAAUUCAAAUGGACACAAUUCAUGCCAGCAAAAGAUGUGGAUCAGUUUGUUAAAGAGAAUAAAUUCGAAUUUCUUGAUAACAAGGAUCUAGUUACCCCAAUAUUUAGUCCAAUGGAUCUCAAUAAUGUCAUGGAACGCGUUAAAGAUUUGCUCAACGAUGGUGUUGGUAAAGAUGGCAUUAUGGAUUACCUGAAUGGCAACGAGGAUAACAUAGAUAAACAAUUUAUACGUGCUUUAACGACAACGGUGUGCAAUUUUGCAAUUAAAUACAUAAAUAAGAAUUAUAAAUUGGAUAGGAAAACGUUUAGUGAUGUUUGUAUACCACUUUUGCAUCGGUAUAUCGAUUCAAAAGAGGAACUCGAGUUGGAAUGCUUGUUUGCAAUACAAGUGCUAAUACUUCGGUUAGAACACCCUGGAGGUUUACUCAGCGAAUUGUUUAUGGAAAUGUACGACGCUGAUGUUAUAACGCAGGACUCGUUUGUUAAAUGGCGUGAAUCGAAGGAGGAACCACACGGAAAAGGUGUCGCUGUUAAAGGUUUGAACCAAUUCUUCCAGCAAAUACUAAGUGCAGAAACGAGCGAUGAGAACAAUUAGCACCAAUAUUAUCCCGUUUUCUUAUACAGGAACCAAAUUUUAUACUUUACGAAAAACCAUGAACACGAAGUCAUGCCAUUUUGGUCAAAAUGUAUGAUUUACAAUGUGCAAAUUACUUAUGCUACCCUGUAGAAAUUUGAAUGAAUGCUCUGAAGUGCAGAAGGGAACACAUAGUCUCAUAUGAAUUUUUCGAUAUGGUAUGAAUUGAUUGCCGACAUCUUAUUACAAUCAUGUUAUAUUUAUAUUAUAUAUUUGAAAUAUUAUGUUGAGUUGUAUGCUAAGUUGCAAUUUUGCUAAAUUAAUAAGGUCAUAAUGGAAUUAUAAUUAGAGUAAAACCGAAAUCUUUAUGCUAAUAUCCGAUCAGAGUAAAAAUUUUGCAUUUUUAUUACAGCCGCGACUUCCGCCGAAUGUGCGGUUGUCUGACGGCAUCGUUAGCCCAACAUAUCUAGUUGUACAUUUGAAAGCGAUUGAAUUCUGAUGAUUACAGAAUGCCCUCCUCCAAUUAAUUAAAUUAAACUCGAUGUCCCUUAAGUAUCACUCCGGGAAAAGUUUCAUUUAUGCUGACAUGUGGGUUUAGCUCCUAAAUAGACUUAACGCAUAUUUUUAUGUUUCUUAGAAUGUUUUUUUUUUUCGUUUACAUGACUUACUUCCUCUGAUUUCUAGGAUACGUGCGCGAUGAUACCUCCACGUUGUCUUAAAACGCUUUGAUAAUUUUAUAUUAAUGCUGAUUGUUCAAUUCUUUCGAACGUUCGGUUCAGUUAUCCGUUUUCGUUCUCUCCGUUUCAUCAUGUCCAUUAAGACGGAAGGUUUUGAUGUUUUAGAGCGGCCGAAUCGCUGGUGGCGAUUCUCAACGUUUGAAAUAACAUCAGGGGUGAUUGCUCCCUCCCUUAGCUACUUGUUGCGUGCACAAUUUUGAAAUCAUUUGAUGAAACACCUAUAGCUGAUCGAUUUGCCCAGAAGGAGUUAAGUGCUGCAAUCUAAAACGAAGGUUUGUGGAAGCAAGAAAGUAAGACAUUUCAGAACUUCGCAUGCUCGAAUUGACAUGUUUUGCAAGGCCGCAUUCGUUUUGUGUGGCUCCCAUUAAUUUUCUUUAUAUACAUAUGUCGUAAAUUCCAUUUCGAAACGAGGCUGUGCAUCCUUAAUGAACGCGAACAGAAGCCAGGCUAGCCAAUCACCGCCAGUACGGUAAAUGUGUAGGCCUCUAACAUUCAUCCCAAUGUUUGCAACAAACCGCAUAAGCAUAGGCAAAUCGAUUUACCAUUUGCACAAUCAAAUGUAAAUAAAGUUAUAAUUGUAUGUAUUGAGUAAGAGCAAGCUUUACAGCUUAAAUUAACGAUUAGACCAGGUUCACUUCAAAUUCUCCAAUCCAGGUGAGCUUAGUGAAAUUGGCUCCAAUGACCUUCGGAAUAAUUUUCAUUUAAGGUAUCGUUUCAAAGGUAGUUGUUAGGAGCGUGAAUGCAAACUAAAUUAAUUUUGAAUUUAUUUUUUAAAAUUCGCCUAGAGGAGUUUUAUACUGUUCAUAUAUAUUUUUUAACAAGAAAAAUAAUGUAAUAAUGUAUAUACACGUUGCGUAGCGUUUAAGCUAGUUAUUGAGUUCACAAUUUACUUUCUAAAAAAUGUUAAAACGGAGUUGCUAAUACUGGAGGCAACUUUGUCAGUGGUUAUAUACAGCAAAAAAGUGCGAUAUUAUCCGAUAUUAUAUUUUCUUUUGUGAAUGUAAAUAAGAAAGAUGUAAUUUUAAAGGAGCAAAAUAUAUACAUUGAUACGAUAUCAAUUAAGGGUACUUAUAAUCGUAUACAGCUAUACUUAAACCUAUAGUUUGUAAAUCAACUAGCCUAAGUUGAGUUUUAUUUAAUUUUUUUUUGUAAUCAAAGGAAGCUAUAUAUUUCGAUUUUGAUUAUAUCUAUAUGCAUCCUUAUAUAUAUAUAUACGUAUUUAUAAGACGUAGUUUUUAAGUAUUGAAAAAGAAUUCGGAUUUGCAAACUUUACUGAUAGAAAAGAAAAAAAGAUUGCGGGCAGUGAAUGUCGAACUGAUGAAAAACUGAAAUGAAAAUCUACAAAAAAAGAAACACUAAAAUAUUAAACAUGGACCCAUGCGUUAAUAACUAUAACAAAUCAUGUUUAUAAAGUAACACAAAAGUAAUGUAUGGAUAUUUAUAAAAAGAAAAACAAAAAGGAACUACCGGUCAUGUCAACAGAACUAAACAAAAACAAUAACUGCAGAAAGAUUAGUAGAUUGAGAUAUGUUUAAGCUUUUCAAUUGUGGAAAAAAAAAACGGAGACUACGAUUAAAAGCAAAUAAUGCGAAAUCGAAUUAUUUAAGAAGGAAAUAGAGGAAAAUAAGACUAUGUAAAUAAAGCACAGGAAAAAUUGGGGGUUUGUUAAUUA